GGAGGAGACUUUUUACCCGCCGCUGGGAGAUCAAGGUGUCCCAGAUAGAGUGUCAGUCGCCCCAUCGGCCACCUGCUAAUUGCCUACAGUACUACACCGGGACACAGGGUCUAUUCUCUUCGUUCAAUUAUGACUCCGAUGCUGAUUCUAUGUACCUGAAUAACCUGAACUACGCCAUCUGUCUGAGGAAGGAGGCAGGCUUCUGUUCCGUUGUGUACAAUAACAUUCUUCCAACAAACGAGAAGUCAUUCGAAAUAGUCAACUUCCAAGUGGAUUCUGCGGGUGCGGUCAAUCCCACCGUGUCCACAGGAGAGGCGGGAGUCGGCCUCAUCCAAUGUGUGGACGAUUACCUGAUCAUGGCGGGGACCAGACUGUGUGGCCACCGACUCAACGAUGGCUCUAGUCCACAGCCCACUGAUAACGCUCCCAUCACAGACACGACCAAUGGGCCUUUCAUCGUUCAGUUCACCAGUGACGGCUCAUACACGGGUCAAGGCUUCCAGUUAUUCUACCAACAAUACUCUUGCUAAAAUGAACUAUACUAAAGUCUAUAAUGUGAUACAAUACUAAACCUCUGUUAGUGUUAAAGUAUUAGUUAUUUUGUUAAGUUAGUAAAAUAUUUCUUGUAUUUAUUGUCACUCUGUACUGUAUGUGAAGUAACCUGUUGUCACUCUGUACAGUACGACUAUAUGAAAUACACUGUAAUUUAUCUUGACCUUCCUGUAACUGUAUUCUGUGCUGUAUCAGGAACACUACAAAUAAAUACAGUGUUGAGGUCAGGUUAGGUUAGUAUUCUGCAUCAAUAUACUGUACUCACUAUGUAAGAUAACCAGCUCAGCAAAUAAUGAUUAAUAAUUUACAAGUUUACUGUUACAAAGGCACCACUAUAAUGUAUGACCAAAAACACACAAAUUAUUUACAAAAAACUUCAUUUACAAGAGAAUUUACAAAAACAAUUUACAAAACAUCAAUCAAUAUACAUGUACUGAUCUCCUAUAGAAUAAUUUAUCUAUAUAUAUACUAUACAUUUUAUAUAUAUUUUCUUAUCAAUAAACUAAUGUAUUUAUAUAAGUUAAUUUACUUUGCUUAUUUACAGUGUUUGGUCAAUGUUGAAUCAGAGGCAUCAAGGGUGAGUGAGGGUGGAAGGUGCGUGUCAUAGGGUGCGUGUGUCAUAGGGUGCGUGUGUCAUAGGGUGCGUGUGUCAUAGGGUGCGUGUGUCAUAGGGUGCAUGUGUCAUAGGGUGCGUGUGUCAUAGGGUGCAUGUGUCAUAGGGUGCGUGUGUCAUAGGGUACAUGUUAUAGUGUGCAUUAGAGAGAGUGUGUUAUACAGUGGGUCUUUGUAACUCAUAAGGGCUUUCAUUUAUAAAAGUCAUUAACGGGACAAUUUUUCCCAUCUAAACCAUGUAACUAAGGAAGGUUCAGUUCCUAGCGGGUCAAGUCAGGUCACAUUUGUUGGUUAGUCUACGGUAAAGUGCGGAGAAAUGCGUACUAAUCCCAUAGAAACUUUGUAGCCAUAGACAGAUACUACAGAUCACAGAUGGCGCUGGUGGUCAUUAUUUACCUCGGGCCUCCUUAACCCACGACACGACCUAGCUUAUUUAGUUUAAUUUACGGAUGUGGCAAUAAAUAUUAAACCUCACUAUACACAACGUAGGUACAGACACACAGAACAACCGCCGGUACAAAUGACUGCCGGAGAAAUAAACAGACUCAACUAACGACUCACUUCAAAUUGUUACGGGGAGAAAUUAGGUCAUUUCUCUAAUCUUCCUCAACAAUUAGCAGCCAUUUGCCGAUCAUAAUAUGUAAAUACGACGGAAUAUUCAUCUGAUAUUAGAAAAAGUUAGUAUUAAUCUCAAAUUUACCUCCAUAUAUACCAGAUCUCACUUCUUCAUUAUACCCUCAUAGUCACUGUACCCUCAUAGUCACUGUACCAUCAUAGUCACUGUACCAUCAUAGUCACUGUACCCUCAUAGUCACAGAGUUAGGUUACAGUCUGUCAGCCACGUCAUCUUUGCCCCCCGGUGUCUUCGCCUCUUCUCCGUGCCUCCUACCUAAACAAUGACAGAAAACCCAAUGAUGAAAUACUGGGCGUCGGUCUCAAUAAAAUGUAUACGCACCGCAUUACAGAGUUAUGGGCGACAGGGUGAGUUUUGUAUUACAUUAUCAACAUUGUUCUCACUUGCUACAAACAUUCCUAAAAUUGCCAUGAAAAUCUGUAAGGCAGUGUAGGCCUAAAUAUAUUUUGGGAGACCUAUACCUAUCCUGUAUUUCUGUGUGCACAUGCACUCAUGUGUGUGUGCACACACACACACACACACAUCUGUGAGGGAACUACUACAUCAUCAGGCCCUUCGUAACACCACCU